AUGGUCUUCAAGCCGUUCAAGCCUCUUUCGAUCAAUAAGCCUCCUGUAUCGUCACUUCCUUCCUCGUUAGAAUCCCCUGACGACUCUCAACCGCCGGCCAAGAAGCCACGCAUCGACGACGAGGCCGGACAUGCUGUGAAAGGCUCUUCUGGCCGUGUUCCUCGCAAGAAUCUCCCGGUGGUGGAGCUGGGAACUCAAGCUGUCGAGACCGAAUCCGCUAGCACAAGUGAUGACAGAUACUAUAAUGUUCUGUGGCGCAAAUAUACCACGAAGAAAAACAAGACAUGGGACGGGGACGGAAUCCUCGCCGUACGGAGUGGCUACGCCUACCUCCAGGAUGUGUCUGGGAAAGACAUGGGCCGCGUGAUGGUCAGUUCACGACUGGAGGCCGGCUCGGCUCUUUCAAUCGGGGGCAAGGAAGUGGAAGUGGAUUCGGAAAUGGCAAGGGAGGAGUACCUCUCCGGCAGACGGUUUUUGGACAUCAAGAAGCCGGUAGCGACACCACAGAGGCCGACGUCUAAGCCGAUACAGUUCCAAAGGAAGGAAUCGGUGGUUCUGAAGAGAACGUUAUCUACGAAUUCGAACCAGUCAAGCUCUUCGACGAAGACCACUGUGACGAAACCGGCCGGUUCUUCGCUGCUCACAGCGUAUAAGAAGCCGAUCUUAGAUACGACUCCGGUUCCAAAGGUCGAGGCAGGCCAGCCGGUGCCACGACAUGACCCGGCUGCACCUGAUGCCCUUGUGAUGAAGCGACCUGAUUCUGUCCCUCGUGGGAAACGGAUUGUGGAUGUGGUUGUUGACCCGUUGCUCGCCAAACAUCUCCGUCCGCACCAGCGCGAAGGUGUUCAGUUUCUAUAUGAAUGCGUCAUGGGAAUGCGGUCGUUCAAUGGCGAGGGAGCCAUCCUUGCUGACGACAUGGGCCUCGGCAAGACGCUCCAGACUAUCACGCUCAUCUGGACCUUGUUGAAACAGAACCCGGUUUACGAGGACCCGCCUGUGGUGAAAAAGGCUCUAAUAGUCUGCCCCGUAACCCUCAUCAAUAACUGGAGAAAGGAGUUUCGGAAGUGGUUGGGGAACGAACGAAUUGGCGUCUUUGUCUUCGACGACAAAAAAAAGCGUUUAACCGAUUUCACAAGGGGAAAGGCAUACAGCAUUAUGAUCGUCGGCUAUGAGAAACUCAGAACUGUGCAGGAAGGUCUCACCAAGGGUCACGGGGUUGAUAUCAUCAUUGCUGAUGAAGGGCACCGGCUGAAAACGUUGCAGAAUAAGAGCGGCCAAGCGAUCCAGUCGCUCAAUGCCUCCAAGCGGGUCAUUCUCUCGGGCACCCCGAUCCAGAACGAUUUGAAAGAGUUUUUCGCUGCUGUUGAUCUAGUCAACCCGGGCGUCUUGGGCACAUUGAAAGCCUUCAUUCGUGAGUUUGAGGGACCAAUCGUGAAAAGCAGGCAGCCAGAGGCCACCCGAAAGGAUAUCGAAAAGGGCGAGGCACGAAGCGAAGAACUGAGAAAUCUCACCUCUCAGUUCAUCCUGCGUCGGACGGCCGACAUCCUUGCCAAGUAUCUCCCGCCCAAAACGGAAUACGUGCUGUUUUGCAGGCCGACCCCGACGCAAGCGAACCUCUACCGGAAUGUGCUUGCUUCGCCGGUUUUCCAGGGUAUCCUGGGCAGUUCAGAGAGUGCGCUGCAGCUGAUCACUAUCCUGAAAAAGCUGUGCAAUAGCCCUUCCCUGCUUUCAGGCAAAGCGGGGGAUGAAGUGCCGAAAAACGACACCAUUUCUGCUCUACUAUCUUCUCUUCCAUCUCAGGUGCUCCGCCAUCUGAACCCUUCAUCUAGUGCCAAAAUCCGUGUCCUAGACCAACUGCUUUAUAACCUCCACACGGCAACAUCGGAAAAGAUUGUUCUCGUGUCGAAUUAUACCUCUACCCUGAACCUGCUAGCCAACCUGCUUGCUUCGCUCUCCCUGCCGUUUCUGCGUCUGGACGGCAGCACGCCCGCCCAGAAACGCCAGGCGCUCGUCGACGACUUCAACCGGCUACCCGCCAGCGCGUGUUUUGCUUUUCUUCUCUCGGCCAAGGCCGGGGGCACAGGACUCAAUCUGAUCGGCGCCAGCCGCUUGGUCCUCUUCGACGUGGACUGGAAUCCGGCGACGGACAUCCAAGCGAUGGCACGGAUCCACCGCGACGGUCAGAAACGGCACUGCCGGAUCUACCGGGUUCUGCUGCAGGGCAGCUUGGAAGAGAAGAUCUGGCAGCGGCAGGUCACCAAGUUAGGACUCGCGGAUAGCGUGAUGGAGCGCCGGGACAGCGUGGCGCAGUUCUCGCGCGAUGAGCUCCGAGAUCUCUUCCGACUAGAUGAGGAAAGCAGAUGCCAGACUCAUGAACUGCUGGGCUGUGAAUGUGGAGGUAAGGGAGGCAUGGCCGAGGAUACCAGACAGAGCAGCAGGGAUAGUUUAGAGGAAGUCCCCAAUCCUGACGACGAUGAUGACAUUGAAUCUCUCCCCGAUCUCCCGACGCUGAUAAAGGCGUCGGAGCUCAACAUGGAAGAACAAGAACGGCAGGUCCGCGCACGCCGCCACCCUUCCAGCCGGUCCAAAAAGGAGAGUGAUACGGAAGUGAACAACAUCCGGGAAUCCCUCUCGCACUACGCACAUAUCGACCCUGCUCUCCUUUCUGAUCCUGAUUCGGCGGAAGCCAUCAGACGGGAAGUCGAUGACGAGGACGUUCUGCUCCCCUUUUUAAAGGAGGAGGAUUGUCGGAUUGGAUUUAUCUUCAAGAAAACCAGUCGGAUAGAGGAUAGAGCUGUAUAG